CUUUUGGGCCUGAACUAGCAGGUGCAAGCGGGUACAGUAAGAAUAAAAAAUGCAGCACACCGACCUCAACACGAUUCAGAACACUUGGGUUUCAAUCCGCGUUCACGUGUGCCUCUCAGCGGGGGAUACCACAGGCGCGCUACCGGAGGGCGCCGCCAGGGGGCAGCCACGCGCAGCCGCUCCGCCAACAACAGGCGCCAGGGAGCGCUUUCUUCCCUCCUCUCUCGCUCACCUCAGCUUCCGCCGGAAGCAGCCGCAGUCAGUUGUUUGCUGUUGCGGCUUGCCUGUGUUGCCUACGGUGGGUUCCCGGCGGCUGGCCGGGCGGGGCUGGGUCUGAGGAGCCGGAGAGGGAAACUCGACCUUAAACCCGGGCAGCGAGAUGGACAUUCUGAAGUCAGAGAUCCUUCGGAAGCGGCAGCUGGUGGAGGACAGGAACCUGUUGGUGGAAAAUAAAAAAUAUUUCAAACGUAGUGAACUUGCAAAAAAAGAAGAGGAAGCAUAUUUUGAAAGAUGUGGCUACAAGAUACAGCCAAAAGAAGAGGAACAGAAACCAUUAGCUUCAUCGAAUCCAGUAUUAGAACUCGAACUGGCAGAAGAAAAAUUACCCAUGACUCUUUCUAGGCAAGAGGUUAUCAGAAGAUUGAGAGAAAGAGGAGAACCAAUCAGACUAUUUGGAGAAACUGAUUAUGAUGCUUUUCAACGUUUAAGAAAAAUAGAGAUCCUCACACCAGAAGUUAACAAGGGCUUGAGGAAUGACCUGAAAGCAGCUUUGGAUAAGAUUGAUCAGCAGUACCUCAAUGAGAUCGUGGGUGGGCAGGAGCCUGGAGAGGAAGACACACAGAAUGAUUUGAAAGUUCAUGAAGAAAACACGACAAUCGAAGAGUUAGAGGCCCUUGGGGAGUCCUUAGGGAAAGGCGAUGAUCACAAAGACAUGGACAUCAUCACCAAAUUCUUAAAGUUUCUUCUUGGCGUUUGGGCUAAAGAAUUGAAUGCCAGAGAAGAUUAUGUGAAACGCAGUGUGCAGGGUAAACUGAACAGUGCUACUCAGAAGCAGACUGAGUCCUACCUCAGACCACUUUUCAGAAAGCUACGGAAAAGGAAUCUUCCUGCUGAUAUUAAAGAAUCAAUAACAGAUAUUAUUAAAUUCAUGUUGCAGAGAGAAUAUGUGAAGGCGAAUGAUGCUUAUCUUCAGAUGGCCAUUGGAAAUGCACCUUGGCCCAUUGGUGUCACUAUGGUUGGUAUCCAUGCCAGAACUGGUCGGGAAAAGAUUUUUUCCAAGCAUGUUGCACAUGUUUUAAAUGAUGAAACUCAGCGGAAAUACAUUCAGGGGUUGAAGAGGUUAAUGACCAUUUGCCAGAAACACUUUCCUACAGAUCCAUCAAAAUGUGUGGAGUACAAUGCACUAUGAGAUCUGUGUAUGGUGUGUAAACAACAAUAAGAACCUUAAGGAAGCAGGGUAUGGACUUCUGGAAUUACCAACAGGAAUGAGGGAAGAAGAAAACUGGAGUUGCCAGUCUGAGUUCUAUCUGAUGCAACUUGAUUGGUUUUAAGAACUGUGAUGGCUUUCAUAUCACAUCUAACUACAAACUGAUUCUGUGUCUUGCCUUCAUUUUAAAUGGUCAAAAAAUCAAGUUCUAAAGACUUUUAUUCAUAGUUUAAAUAUGUAGACAACAGAAUAGGGGGUUUAAAAUGACCUUUUCCCACUAGACUUCAAAGUAGUGGUUACAUGAUUAAAAAGAAACAUUUAAGGAUGGACUUAAUUGUUUUGGUAAAAUAUAUUUGCACAUUGUCUUUUAUGUAAUAUUUGUAAAAAAUAUUUUUAUAUAUUUCAACAAAAAUCUGGAACCACUGAAUGAAACUGUAUAGUCCUUAAAUGUUGCUGAACUUUUGCUGUCUUGCAAUAGAAUUUGAGUGUAAAUGUUAUUACAGUUAGCGCGAAUGUUAUUUUUCUUGUGUUUCAAAGCUAGCUUGCUUUUAUCUUCUAAGGAGUAUAAAUUUUAGUAUUUGUCAUGUCUCAGACAAAAGGAUCUAACAAUAAGUAGAAGUUUGAAAAAACAAAUAUGGUGUAUUAUACCAACAUAAAUUCACAACAAAGUAACCCCAGGUUCAAGGUGGGGCAAAGGUUGUGAACAGUGAGAGUGGGGGAUUGUGAUGAUGCUGAUAGACCCAUGGCUGACUUUGUUCCCAUCCACACCCUGCCAGGCAGAGGAGGGAGGUGCCAGUACUGAUGCCACUACCCAAGACAAGACAGCAUGUUCUGGUUCUGGCUCUCCACAAAGUAAAGACUUGUUCUGAUUUUGCAGUGUCAUACUUAGAUCAUUGUGACCAAUCACCGUGCUUUAGACGUUGAGAAGACUCCUAGUAACGUGGGUAAUAGGCCGUUACCUGACCAGGUGGAAGAGGCAGUAUUGGCCAGCGAUGAGAGUGGGGGCUCCAAAGGCAGAACUUCCCAGCUUCACGUUUCAGCUCAGCACCUGCCAACUGUUUGACCUUGGGCAAGUAACCUAAUCUUUCUAAGCCUCAGCUUCCUCAUUUUAAAAUGGUAAUAAUAACAUACAUUCCUCAUAGCAUUAUUGUCAUGUUUCAGUAAAAUAGAAUGCUUAGCACACUGGUGAAUGCUAAGAGCUUAGUGUGUAUGAGUUGUGUCGUCGUCGUCAUUGUUGUUGUUAGAGGGUAGCUAAACUACCUUUGAUGAGCCCUGUGGUUAGUGCCAGUGUCUACUCAAGCGGCACUAACCAUAAUGAUGAUGAUGUUAGCAACAGUAAUAAUGGAAACAUUGAUUAUACGUUUACUGUAGCUGGGCCCUAUGGCUGCCCCCAACUUGGGCCAGUUCUGAGGUUAGAACGGCCGAGGCUGUGGUGGGAGCUAGAGGCCACUGAGCAGGCGGGUGUAGAUUCACUCUUGUUUAUUCCGGCCCCUGUUGGGAAGACUCAAAAACCAGUUUUGGCCACUGUGUUCUUCAGCUGUGCAUAGACAGGGUCGUAUCUGCUGGUUACUGGCCUGGUGCUGGCCAAGGUCCACUGCCCUGAGUUGAAUCGGGGUUCUCUGCCUGCCACCUCCCACUUUGGAAACCUUUGCUUAUGAUUGUUUAGCACUUAGGGGAACUUAACAGCACAAAUGGGAGGCGGCACACUUUUUCGUAAGAUAACAACCUAGACUUUCUUGUGGUCUUGAUAGGACUUGUUUGUGAAUAUUGUUGUAUGAAUAGUCCCCAAAUUACUUUUUCUUUAUUUACAAUCAGGCCACUGCAUGACAGUUAAUUUCUUGUGGUCCUCCCUUUUGCUGUUUGUUAAUAUUCCACAUAAAGAAGCAACUGGACCACACGACACCAGUACCUCCUAAUGUUGAUUAGUGUGGUUGGAUGGUAUGAAAGAGAAAGGAACAUACUCAACAGGGCUGCAACUGUUAACCAUUUGGGGCUGGCAUGGAGAGAAGCAGGUUCAAAGAUGUGGAUCCCCUCAGAGAAAAGUUUUCCAUUUUCCUGAGAUUAAAGAUCUUCAGAUGGCUGCAAAUAUCAUGAGGAUAUGCAGAAAAAUGACUUCUCCCAUUCUCCAAAUUGAAAAUUUUAGUUCAGCAGAAACUACAUAUUUCUGUUUUUAGCUGUUUAUAAAACAAUAAAGACAUACCUUUUUAAAUCAAUCGUAAUCCUGAAAGAACCAUAUUCCUCCUUUCGUUGAACUCCCUGCCUCCCCAGACUCCUGUCCACAGGUGAUAUGUAUUUCUGGAUUUUAAUUUAGUAAAACAUUGGUUUUCCCUCAGAAGUAAAUAGUGCAUUUCCUAGGAGUGUCAUUGCAACUACAAAGAUGGAGCAGUGUUUUUCAGCGUUCCAACACAGAGUCUGCGGCAGUCUGGAAGUCAGGGGGCUGUGAUUUCAGUCUUCUGGGGGAAAUUAAGAAAAUAAAGCUGAGGCCAAAGAUAAUUGACACGUAGGGAGAAACAGGGGACAGUCCAGAUCUUGUAGGAAGAAGGGAAGGGUCCCGAGAGACCAGAGCUAGGCGCAGGCAGCUGUCACUAAUAACAGAACUUGGUGAUUUGCUGUGGUCUCAGACGCUCAGGGAGAAUUCCGAGGACUAGGAAAUAGGAUUGAUAGCACUCUGACUUUUUAAUGCUAAGCUCUUCCUUCUGGCGAUUUCCUGACCUAUUCCAGCACUUCAGAGCACCCUAGGGUUUGAUCUCAGUAAGUAAUAGAAAUGCAACCAUCUUUUUGUUGGAAAGAAAGUAAUAUUAUAAUUUAUUCUGAAAGUAAACAGCUUGGAAAAGACUCAGAAACAGUGUUUUAGAGUCUCUGGUAGAUUGGAAUUUGAGGGUUCGUAUCACUGGCUCCUUUUCAACCACAAAAUCCCCCCUCUCCCUCCCUGCUCGGUGCUUCUUAACAUAGAAGGCUGAGUACAGUGGGCAGUUUCAAGGAAAGGAAGCAUUAAGUUGAGAUGUGGCUCUUUCCUUUGUCUGAACAUCUUGAGGAGUGUGACUUAAUGGGUUGUGUCUCCUGUCUCCCCCAGUAUACUCCCAUGAAUGGCCUGAAGGAAUAACUUUAUCCCAUAGAAAUUCAUGGUAUGGUAUCGAGUUGGGAGUCUUGAGCCGAAAAGCACUUUCUCACGGCAUCUUGAUGUAAGAGCUUCCAGCUGUCCAGAGUGCGAGGGCCAGCGCCAGUCCCCAGGGGGUCACUAUGGGAACACUGUUAUGGCAACUGGUUUUCAUCACAGACUGCAGUUCCAUUGGCUGAAUUAUAACCACACGUUAGUCCUUUAAUGGUUUACAGUAACCUUAAAAUCUUUUGAAAUUUAAAAAUAAGUUCUGGUGGUGUGGAGUAAGUAACCAGGGGAACACAGUAUGGCUAGCAGCAGCAGCUGUGGUGUGCGCCGACCCCAUUUGAGAUUUUGGAACCAUACUCGUUAAAAUAUAGGAUAUUUUUUACGUUUGCCCAAACAGUUUAUUAUGAAAGCAUUGAUUAUGUAUUUUCUCCCAUUGUAAGCUCUGGGGUGCUUUAUACUACUUGCUUAAGCUAAUCCUUGUAUUGCCAAUGAUGGUUAACUCUAACUAGGCCGCUUGGAAUUGUUCAGUUUCUCCUUCCCUGUCCUUAAGCACUAGCUUUCUCAACUUUUCCUCACAGCGUUCAAGCUUAACACAUGCUUUCACCAUGGAGGGCAGCUAAGAAGUUUCGAGCUGCUUUUUGAGUGUUAUUGGUGACCUCAGAUUCAUUCCCUGAGCUUUUUCUGGCCGUGGCAGUCGAGUCACGCCCACAGUCUGCUCUCCCUGCUUUUCUGAACUCCCAGUUUUACAACUUGCCAAAACUGAAUUGCUUUCGCUCUCAAACUGCUCUUCCUUUUCGACUUAGGAGAUGUUAUGACCCGUGAGUGUUGCAGUCUGAGCCUGGCUUUCUGAGUUGCUGCCAUCCUGGGAGUUAAGGUUGUAGAGUUUGAAACUUUUUAGCCACAACUCACAGAAAACUGAUCAGUGCAUGGAGACGCAGUAUUAUAUACACACAUGCAUGUACAGGUGAAACGAAAGCUCUUGCCAUCCUGUGGGCGAGGCAUUCUUAAGUUUUCUGUUCUGGCGGAUUUCUUUCAAAAGUAUGCUGGAGGUUAUCCUCUAAAUUGGUUUACAACCCAUUAAGGCAUGAUUAUCAGCAAUUUGAAAAGCACCAAUUAAAAGGAAUCACCAGCAGAGUUAAGGAGGGAAACAACGACCUUGUUAGAUGAAUUCAGGGCAAAGGGACUAUACCUCUUUACUUUUUUUAAUACGAAGAUAACACUUGGCUCUCAAGGUUAGUGUGAAAUGUAGCCGAUUAUAAAACCUUGAAUACUUCAAAUGCUAAAUAAUUCUGAAGCAGUACAUAAUUCUUAAGUUUAAAAUGGGGAGAUUUGUGCAUAGAGAGAGAAGAAAAACCAAGACAGGCAGCAUGUAAGUCACCUGUAAGAACACUGGCAGCAGGGACAGUGUCUGCCUUGGGCUGGCUGUACCUUGGUGGGUAACUAAUGCAAGAUUAAACAAGGUAUUAUAAAAUAAAUUGAAGGUCAAAGUAUGAAAUAGACUUGAGGCCAGGAUAGAUAGAAGAGUCUAGUAUUAGACAUUGAGUAUCUGUUAAGAAAAAGUGCUUUGUUCAGCCCUUUGAAAAUUAUUUUCCAAUGCUCACGUAGUGCUUGGUUACGUUUCUUUUAAUGUAAAUUUUUAUUGGAAGUAUAACAUACAUACAGAAAAUCGUAAGAGUACUAUAUCAUAAUAGAUUUUUCACCAAGUAAACAUGCCCCAAAGUAACUAGCAUCCAAAUCAGAAAAGAUAAUAUUAUUAACACCCUAGAAAUCUCUUCAUGCCUUCUAGUUGCAGCCAUGGUCCUCAUUCCUAACAUCAUAAUUUUAAAAACAUCUUUAUUGAUAUAUAAUUCACAUACCAUAGGUUUUACCCAUGUAAAAUAUACAAUGGUUUUUAUUAUGGUGCAUUCAGAGUUGUGCAACCAUCUCCACAGUCAGGUUCAGAACAUUUUCAUGACUCCAGAAAGAAACCCUGUUCCCAUUAGUAGUCAUCCCACACACAGUUUUGCCAGUUUUCUAAGUUUACCUGUUUAUAAAUGCAAUCAAACAGUAUGUGUUUGACCUCUUUUAUGUUUGACUUCUUUGGCUCAGCUAGGGUUUCUGAUACUCAUCCCUGUUGUGUGUAGUUGUGGUUCAUUCAUUCGUUGCUGUAUCCCACAAUUUAUCCAUACUACUCUUGACAGGCAUGUGAGUUUCCAGUUUUUGCAUGGAUUUUUUGUAUGCAUUUCUUGGUGAAUAUAAAUUUCUGUAUGGUAUAGACCAAAGUGUGAAUUUGUAUAAACUCAGCUAUAGACGAUACUGUCAGAGAAUCUUCCAAAGAGCUUGUACCAGUUUAGACUUGCACAGCAGGAUUUGAAGUUCCAGUUACUCCAUAUUCUGGCCACACUUGAUGUAUCUGUCAUUGUCAUUUUAGCCCUUCUGGUAGUUAUGAUGGUAUCAUGCUGUGGCUUUAAUUUGCGUUUUCCUUGAUGACUAAUAAAGUAGAGCACCUUUCUCAUAUGUUA